CAGCUUUGGGACUCCUCUUACUAAACUUUUAGAACAAUCCAUUUCCCAAAGAGUGUGGGAGGGAGACAGACAUAAGUGAAUGGCCCGAGACCUGGAUUCACAGCUUUAAAAGCCAGAGCGGGAUUUGGAGUUUGGGAUAAUUCUGCCCUUGGCCCACAGAGAGAGUGAAGUGGAAUAUAGCACAGUUUAUCUGGAAGUUGUCACUCACUGAGGAGAGAAGAGAGGAAACAUUAACAAGGUGAUCUGUGGUUCAGGGGGUCCAGAUGGCAGGCAUGAGGGGCCCAGCCUGCACUGGAUUCUGGCUCUAGAGUCCACAGGGGCUCCCUCUUCAACUGCACACAUUUCACAGGACGUGUGCCCAUGAGGUCGUCACCACUGGUCCUGCUCCUCCUGAUCGGCGUCCAGGCUGUACUCAACAUGGGAGGUGGAUGGGCCUGGAGCGCCGGGGCAGCCAGCCACAAAGUAGGACAGCAGACAGCAGCCAAUCACAGAGCAGGACAGCAGCAGACAGCAACAGAGGACCACCUUUCUGAACACCAUUCUUCACAGGAGCAUCGUAGGACCAGCCAUCACAGGACCAAGAGGCCCCAUCGGUCAGCUUCACACCCCCAUGACAGGAGUCCUGUCGUUGCACACUCUGUGUCAGAUUCCCCCCCAGACCCCUCUAUUCCAGUGGUGGACCCCAAGCUCUUCUCCAAGAGACGCUAUCGGUCCUCACCGCGUGUUGUCUUCAGCGAGGUGCCCCCAUCACAUGAUGCCCUGGAAGGAGAGGGCUACGACAUUGAAGGAGUGAGGGGGGUGAGGGUACGGCGCAGAGUAGGAUCGCACACCAUGCACCGAGGAGAAUACUCAGUAUGUGACAGCAUAAAUACCUGGGUGGGCAACUUGACACGAGCCACAGAUAUAGCUGGGAAUGAGGUGACAGUGCUGCCCAACGUUACAAUCAACAAUGUGGUGAAGAAACAGUUCUUCUAUGAGACCACCUGCCGCUCCCCCACACAGAGAGGCUCCGGGACUGCAAACACGGGAAAGUCCGGGGGACGGGGUGGCAAACAGGGCUCCAAAUCAGGCACCUCAGGCUGUCUCGGCAUCGACAGUCGCCACUGGAACUCCUACUGCACCAACACACACAUAUUCGUAAGCGCCCUGACCAUCUUCAAGGAACGGACAGCCUGGCGUUUCAUCCGCAUCAACGCUGCAUGUGUGUGUGUUCUCAGCCGGAAGUCUUGGGCUGGACGACUGGGGCACUGAGUGGGGAGGACGACUCCUGACCACUGAACUAUGAACCAAGCACACAAAUUUCUACUAAACAGCCACUGCAGCUUAAUUGCCAAUACUGUAAUCCUCUUCCCCAUCUCCAAACAUACACACACACACACACACACACACACAAACAGCUUCAUCUGUCCAUCCCCUUGGCCCCUGACCCUACCUCAGUCCGAGAAGUCCUGGUUGUUUUAAGUUAUGAGGACUGCAUGUCAUAUUUAUGGUUUAUACAGUCAAAUAUGAAAAUAUAUACAGUAUGUGUAUAUAUACAAAAUGAAUUCAAGCUUUUAAUGUUGUUGUUAUUGUUGUUGUGUUGUUGAUGCUGUUAUUUAUUAAACACCUCAGUACUU